AAAAAAAAAAAAAAAAAAAACCUCUCCGCCGGACAAAAACCUUACCGGCCGUUUUUCUGCCUGCGUCCUGCGUGUUCUUUUCCUUCCUCAUCGGCCACAGCAUGACCUUCGCCCUCUGAUUAUUAUUAUGCCGACGCCCCAGCAUGUCCAGCCCAACCGAUGACAACCACCUCCUCCGUCCCGGCUCUGGUCCGGGAACCGACCACGAAUCCACCCACGCUGACGACCAUCUCGUCAAUCGCUCCACCAACAAUACCAACAAUGACGAGAGACCGCUGACCCGCGACCAGCCCCCUCCGUCGGGUCCCAACCAAUGGGGCGUGCUCUUCAAGGCCAUCCGCGAGGGCACCUCCCAGCUGGCGGAAAAACUCGGUCGCGACCCCGACGGCGGCGAUGGCCUUGAUUCCGCCUGGCACCCCGAGGACUACGGCUACCAGGAGGACAUCGAGAUGCGGGACAUGAUGGCCCAGGACGAAAUCGCCGACAAGGAGUACGCCGCGAAACUGCAAUCGGUGCUGGGCUCCGAUGCCAAGGACCUCGUCACGAAGCUGGGCUUGGGCGAGACCCCGUCGCGCACCAACACCCAAGAGGAGAACCUGAUGGGCGGCGUGCUGUGGCAUCUCCUCGGCCACCAGAUGGGCCACAACCGCGAGGCCAGCCUGGAGGACGGCGCCGUGCCCAUCUCCGCCGAGGACGGCCUGGCGCCGCUACCCAGCGAGUUGCGCAAGCGCCGCAAGAAGAAGUGGUACGACGAGGACCCCUCCAACGACAAGGCCGGCAAGCGCAAGGUCAGGGAGGCCUUGCUGACCCAGAAGAUCGGAUCGCUGCUCACCCGCCAACGCUACAUGCUCCAGCUGUGCCGCGCCCUGAUGAAGUUCGGCGCCCCGACCCACCGCCUCGAGGAGUACCUGCAGAUGUCUGCCAACGUGCUGCGUGUGCAGGGCCAGUUCAUGUACAUCCCCAGCUGCAUGAUCAUGUCGUUCGACGACCCGCUCACCCGCACCGCCGAGGUCAAGCUGAUCCGCACCGUGCAGGGGCUGGACCUGGGCCGCCUGGGUGACAUCCACAACUGCUACAAGAACGUGUUGCACGGCAAGCUGUCGGCGGAGGAGGCCCUGCCGGUCAUCGACGACAUCCUGACCCGCAAGAACAAGUUCAGCAACCCCUGGGUGCUGGUGGGCCUGUCCGGGCUGGCCAGCGUGGCGGUCGGCCCGUGGGCGUUCGAGGCGCGCCCGGUCGACAUGCCCAUCAUCUUCCUGCUCGGCUGCAUGCUCGGGUUCAUGCAGUACGUGCUGGCGCCGCGGUCGGCGCUGUACUCCAACGUGUUCGAGGUCACGGUGGCCAUGGCGACUUCGUUCCUGGCGCGGGCGUUCGGCAGCAUCUACCGCAACGGCGAGCCGGUGUUCUGCUUCUCGGCGCUGGCGGAGUCGGCGAUCGCGCUGAUCCUACCGGGGUACUCGGUGCUGUGCAGCAGUCUGGAGCUGCAGUCGCACCAGAUCGUGGCGGGGUCGAUCCGGCUGGUGUACACGAUCAUCUACUCGCUGUUCCUGGGCUACGGGGUGACGGUGGGGAUCACGAUCUACGGGCUGAUCGACGACAACGCGACGAACGCGUCGACGUGCUCGGCGCGAUCGCACAACAUCUACGGCAGCGUGUACGUGCAGGAGUUCGUGUUUGUGGCCGUCUACUGCGCGUUCGCAGCGAUCCUGAACCAGGCCAAGUGGAAGCAGCUGCCGAUCAUGUCGUUCAUGGGGGUGGCGGGCUACGUGACCAACUACCUGGCGACGUCGCACCUGAGCAGCUGGCUCGGCAGCACGAUCGGGGCAUUCACGAUCGGGCUGUGUGCGAACCUGUACAGCCGCGUGUGGCACGGGCACGCCGCGGCGGCGAUCGUGCCGGGCAUGUGGACGCUAGUGUCGUCCGGGCUGGCCAGCAGCGGGUCGAUCAUCUCGGGGCUAUCAUACGCGAACGCGGUCAAGAACAACACGGUGACAACGGAGACGUCGACGGCGACGGAGGCGUCGCUGGGCAGUUUGGGACUGACGAUGGUGCAGACAGCGCUGGGGAUCACGGUGGGACUGUUCCUGUCGGCGCUGGUGGUGUACCCGGGGGGCAAGCGCAAGGGGGGGAUUUUCAACCUGUGAUCGAUUCUUUUGCACGUUUGAACAUAACAUUAUAUCAGCCUGAUUACGCACAUACAGCAUGUUUACCUGUAUUUCGCAUGUCUAUACCCUAUACAGAUGUACAUCCAGAUGAGAGGCCUCUCUAUCCAUCAUUUCUCCACAGAUGUCUAUCCAGCA